CCAAAGGGCUUGGCCGGCGGUCGGUCCCGCCCCAAACGUUCUUGGUUCUGCGGGGAGGGUCGCGGUCGCCGCCUGGGAUCCCCUAGCUCGGGGCGUCGCAUGGGGCUGUUGGGGAGGAGCGGGACGUGCGAAGAUUCGAGGGAGCUUGAAGGUUUCAGAGGAGCCCUGACCUAGGCACCUCUCGAUGGCCCUGGGUGAAGAAAAGGCAGAGCUGGAAGUACCUGUGUGCACGAAAGCCCAGUCCUGCAGGAGGUGGAGCCUUGACGAGCAAGAGAAGGUGGCCCAGGGCCCUGAGCCAGAGCAGCCCCCAUGCCAGGAAGCUGAGGGAGGGCCUGCCCCUGUGUUCAGGACAGAGGGGCUACCUGCCCCUUCCUUCUGGGCUGGGUCUGACCAUAGCAACACCUCUGGAAUUUACCUGCCACAGGCCAGUGUGGCCAGCAGAGCAGCAGUAGUGAAUGGGACCAGGCCUGCCCUCGGUGGCCUGCUUCCUCCUGCCAUCACAGGGACUGGAGACCUUUUGGGCUCUGUGGGAAGCCAGAUGGAGGAGAUGAAGGUUUCUGCCCCUCAGGGGCUACCUCAAACUAUAAAUGCCCCCAGAACUGCAGCCCUUUGCUCAGGACACAGCGCUGAUACUGAAGAUGAUCCCCCCUCAGUUGAGUUGCCCCAGGUGCCAGGCCUCAGCCAUCAGCCUCCCAUCUCAGGUGCCCCUUUCCCGUCACAGUGGAGGUCGGUGGUGAGCACAGGCACUGCUGCUCCUCAGCUCUGCAGCCCCAGUGUCUCUGCCUCCCCCACGGGCAGCAGUCAGGGUUAUCAAGAGAAGGGAGAGGCUCGGAGUGGCUCCCUUGCCAAGGUCUCAUCCUCCCUAGAGCUGGCUGUCCCCCAGGAGCCCCGCACUGUGGGGGCAGCAGGGCCUCGGCUCCAGUGGUCCUCACAGCCUGUGGCCUCUGGGGGUGACACUGCUGGCCUGGGCAGGAGGCGCCUCUCCUUCCAGACUGAGUAUUGGGCUUGCGUGUUGCCCAGUUCCCUGCCUCCUUCUCCUGAUCGCCACUCCCCACUCUGGAACCCAAAUAAAGAGUACGAAGACCUGCUUGACUAUACUUACCCACUGAGGCCUGGACCUCGACUUCCAAAGCAACUUGACAACCACUUGGUGGCUGACCCUGUCCUGCAGGACUCAGGUAUAGACCUGGAUAGCUUCUCUGUCUCCCCAGCAAGUACCCUCAAGUCACCCAUUAAUGUCUUCCCCAAUUGCCCACUAGCAGAGGCCCCCACCUUACCAUUUUCUGGGCCCAAAGAACCAGGCUUUAAGCAGUGGCCCUCUGGAGUACCCCAGAAGCAGGGUAGCAUGGGCCUGGCACCUUGGAGCCAGCUUGCAUCAACGCCUAAAGCCCCAGGCUGUGGGGAUGCUCCUUGGGAAGGUAGAGAGAGCACUUUGAGGGGCAUGAAGCAUUGGCCUCCUGUGAGCAAGCACCCCAAAAUGGACUUUCCUCAAGUAAGGACAAGAGACAGAGGUUGGCCCUUGCCCAGGCCAGAGAGGGAGAAGAAGACGAGCCAGAGUGUCCUGCGCCCUGCCUGUGUAGAAUCUGGAUGGAAAUUGGAAGCGGAGGUGGAAAGUGAUGAGGAGUAUCUUGCUCUGCCCACUCGGCUGACACAGGUUUCUAGUUUGGUUUCAUUUCUAGGCAUCAUGCCCAGUGGGGCUGCUGAGGGACAGAGCUCUUUGGAAGUGUCGGACAGUAAUGGGCCAGCUUCCCUCCCAUCAGAUUCCGGCCAAAGCCAGCUUCCUUCUGGGGCUGCCUUCCGGAGGUCUGGGGCCUCUGAAGGCCAGAACCUACACAACUUUGUGUGUGCCCAGGACUCUGCAGAAGACAGUCUGAUGAGCAGCCAGGCCCUAAGGGUCUCCUCUGAACUGCUAAAAUCACGCCCCUCCUUGCCAUCUGUGUUGCACAAGUGGCCCUUCUUAGACCCGGAUGCUGAAGGGCAUCUUCCCAGGAAAGCAGAAGAACAGAAGAAAGACUCAUUGGUCCAGUGUGUGCAGACGUUUUGCUGUCAGCUGGAAGAGCUGAUCCACUGGCUGUAUAAUGUCACUGACCUUGGGACUCCGCCCCUAUCCAGUCUUACAGGUCUCAAGUCUUCUCUGCAGCUUUACCGGCAAUUUAAGAGAGAUAUACAUGAGCAUCAGUCCUUGACAGAGAGUGUCCUAGAGAAGGGGGAGACACUUCUUCAGUGCCUGCUGGACAAUACCCCAGUUUUAAAGGAUGUCCUUGGGAGGAUCGAGAAGCAGUCUGGUGAACUGGAAAGCCACGCAGAUCGGCUUUAUGAUUCUAUCCUAGCCUCUUUGGACAUGAUGGCUGGCUGCAGCCUCAUCCCGGACAAUAACCCAUUGGCAGCCACGGAGCCCCCUUGUGCAGGGGUUUAACCAGAUAUCUUCUUUGGCAAAGCUGCAAUCGCCAGCCAAAAGUUGUUCUUGGGAAGAAAAUGUUCUCAAGUCCUGGCAAGAAUCACUUAAUAGUUAAAUUAAGGAGGAAACUUUAAUGUACUAGCUUUAAAAUGCCUUUCUCUUGUACAAGUAAGGGCUGGUGUAGUUACUAUUUCUUUUUACAGUGAAUCCUUCCAGACUUAAGGUUUUCCUUUUGGUGCUUCUCUAUAAAAAGCAUGUGGCUUUGCAAUUUUUGAUAAAAUAGUUAAGAUCUAGAGGUCUUUUCUUUUCAGUUAAAAAAAGAAUUGUGGACAAAGCUCUUAACUCUUCCACCUGUUGAGGUCAUAGCCAGAAGACUGCUUUCAGAAAGAUUCCAGGGAUUCAGCUCAGUGGUGCUGCGCCUGCCUUACAAACGAAAGCUAGUGAUUUAGCUCAGUAGUGUUGUCGCCUGCCUCACAAGUGCAAGGUCCUGAGUUCAAUUCCUGGUACAAAAAAAGGCACCUGCCUCAUAGUAUACCAAUUUACACGAUGGGCAAGUGCCAAUACCCCAUUUAUAAUCGAUCCCUGGUACAAAAAAACCCACUUUUUUCAAACGAAAGCAAAGGGCCUGAGUUUAAUCCCCAGUACCAAGAAAAAUAAAUAAAAGAUUCCAAAUACAGUACAGCAUUCUCAGGCAUAGAAGGGGACUCAUGAGACUGAAAAAACGGUUGGUUGGCCAGAAGCCUUGGGUCUUUUCAGAAAGGCUUAGGUUUUAAAUUUCCUCUUUGAAGAUAUUUUUUAGAAGAGACUUUGGCCACAGAUCUGCAGAAGGAAACAGGCAAGGGAGUAGAACCUGGGCACAGGUGAUAGAUAACAUUGCUAUCUUCAUGGCUGAGGGCUCCACCUUCCGCCUAAUUGAUACCUUAAAGGUUGGGGAUGUAGCUCCGUGGCACCACAUCUGCCUAGGAAGCUCGAGGUCCCAAGUUCAGUCCUGAGUUAGAUCCCCAGUUGGGGGGCUGUGUGUCAGGACGUUGGAAAACUGAUGUUGUACUUCAGCUUUGUAAUGGAGCUAAUUAAAUAGGCUAAUGGUGAUUCUGGAAGAACUCAUCCAUCCUUUCUGUUCUCCCUUGGAAGACUACAAAAACUAAUGCUGGGUGUGGUGGUGCACGCCUGUAAUCCCAGCACAUGGGAGGCUGAGGCAGGAGGAUCGCU